CAGCUGCGGGCUGAGGAGACACAAGGGAAGUGGCCCUCGCGGGAGCUUGAGCCUCCGAUCCCGGACCCCAGGGCCAUGCUGUCCGAGAAGACCUUCAAGCAACGCCGCAGCUUCGAACAAAGAGUGGAAGAUGUCCGGCUCAUCCGGGAGCAGCACCCCACCAAGAUCCCGGUGAUAAUAGAGCGAUAUAAGGGUGAGAAGCAACUGCCCGUCCUGGACAAAACCAAGUUCCUUGUACCCGAUCACGUGAACAUGAGCGAACUCAUCAAGAUAAUUAGAAGGCGCUUACAGCUCAACGCCAAUCAAGCUUUCUUCCUCCUGGUGAACGGGCACAGCAUGGUGAGUGUGUCCACGCCCAUCUCUGAAGUGUACAAGAGCAAGAAAGAUGAAGACGGCUUUCUGUACAUGGUGUAUGCCUCCCAGGAGACAUUUGGAACAGCACUGGCUGUGUAAGACCAGAACUAUGCCUAAUGUUUGUUAAGCCCUUACCAAGGAAAAAAGGGACGUUACCAGCGAAUGCUGGUUCGCUCACCACUCACAGAUCAGAACGUAGGCGCCCACCUAGGGUGUUAGGAACCAUUUGUCAGCCAGAAACUGAGCUCCAUGCAAGCGCAUUCAGCUUGGAAACUCACCUAAACUAGGCUCUCUUGUGUUCAAACUUAGAAGUUUAAAAAUAAA